AUGGCGCUCCCCCGGCUGCUGCUGCUGCGGGCGCUGCACCGCGCGGCCGCUGCCGCCGCACCUGCGGCCCCCCCCGCCGCACCUGCGGCUCCAGACUUCAACAGUUUUGUCACUCGGACCAACACAUGUGGAGAGCUGCGUUCUGCUCACGUGGGACAGAAGGUGACCCUGUAUGGAUGGGUUCAGUAUCAAAGACAAGGCCUGUUUCUGGUUUUGAGGGAUUUCCAGGGACUGACCCAGGUCAUCAUUCCUCAGGAUGAGGCACAUUCCCAGGUGAAGGAGCUGCUGUCCAGCGCCCCCGUGGAGUCUGUGGUGCGAGUGACAGGGACAGUGUCCCCUCGGCCCCUGGGGCAGCAGAACCCGAAAAUGCCGACAGGGGAUAUUGAAGUGAAGGCAGAGACUGCAGAGAUACUAAACUCCUGCAAGAAGCUGCCUUUUGAAAUCAAGGAUUUUAUCAAGAAGUCGGAGGCGCUGCGGAUGCAGUACCGGUACCUGGACCUGCGCAGCGCCCGGCUGCAGUCCAACCUGCGCCUGAGGUCCCGCGUGGUGAUGAGGAUGCGCCACUAUCUCUGCAAUCUGCACGGGUUCGUGGAUGUGGAAACUCCAACUCUGUUUAAAAGGACCCCAGGGGGAGCCAAAGAAUUUCUUGUGCCCUCGAGGGAAGCAGGCAAGUUCUACUCUCUGCCACAGAGUCCUCAGCAGUUCAAGCAGCUCCUCAUGGUAGGAGGCCUGGACAGGUACUUCCAGGUCGCUCGCUGCUACCGGGAUGAGGGUUCACGGCCUGACAGGCAGCCGGAAUUCACCCAGAUAGAUAUAGAGAUGUCGUUUGUAGAUCAAGCUGGGAUCCAGAGGCUUAUAGAGGGCCUCCUGCAACAUUCCUGGCCUGAGGAAAGAGGCUCCAUUAGAACUCCUUUCCCUUCCAUGACAUAUGAGGAAGCACUGGCUGAGUAUGGGACUGAUAAGCCAGACACUCGCUUUGGGAUGAAGAUCGUGGAUAUCAGUGAUGUUUUACGAGGAUCAAACAUUCACUUUGUGCAGAAUGCCCUCAGUUACCCACAUGGCUCUGUCAGAGCCAUUUGUAUCCCUCAGGGAGUGAGGUAUCUUACAAAUAAAGACUUGGAGUCGUUGAAGGAGUCUGCAAAAUCCCAGUUUAACCAGGAAAUCAUGGAAAUUAUCUGCAGACCUGAUGGAAGCUUGAAGUCUCUGCUUACCAAGUUCCUUGGUGAGAAGGAGCAGUCAGAGCUCAUCCAAGCUCUGAACAUGCAGGAGGAUGAUGUGGUGCUGCUGGCAGCUGGAGGACACAAGCAAGUGUGCUCUGCAUUAGGGGCCCUGCGGCUGUUGAGUGCCGACCUCCUGGAGGCAGCUGGGCUGGCACUCCGUGAUCCCACAGCCUUCCACUUCCUCUGGGUGGUGGAUUUCCCCCUUUUCCUCCCCAAGGCUGAGAAUCCCACUGAGCUGGAAUCUGCUCAUCACCCCUUCACUGCCCCUCAUCCUUCAGAUGCCAGCCUUCUGUAUUCUGAUCCUACAAAGGUCCGUAGCCAGCACUACGACCUUGUGCUGAAUGGCAAUGAGGUUGGAGGUGGCUCCAUCAGAAUUCACAGUGCAGAACAGCAGCGUUUUGUGCUGGAGAAAGUGCUGAAGGAGGAUUCUGAGGUGCUUUCCCAUCUGAUUGAGGCAUUGGAAUUUGGAGCUCCACCUCACGGAGGGAUUGCUUUAGGACUUGACAGGCUGAUCUCUCUCAUUGUUGACGCUCCAAGUAUCCGGGACGUCAUUGCCUUUCCAAAAUCCUUCAGGGGACGAGACCUGAUGGGCAAUGCUCCAGACUAUGUCACUCCAGAAGAGCUAGAGCCAUAUCACAUUCAGGUUUCCUGGCCUCUUGAAGAAAAAGAGGCAAAGAAAAACUGACUUCACGCCAGUGAUGUAAGCUGAUCUGAUCAGCCAGAGGUGGUUGCAGCUUCUAGAGGCCAGGAUUCAGUUCAGAAAGUAAGAGCUCUUGUGGCAGGGUGAGGAACAGUCCAACUCCACUGUACUGUGGCAGUUUCAGGAUGGAUGGGGAGGAGAUAAGGGGUCUUCCUGAUAGGAAUUUGCCUUUGGGAAGUAAUGGGAAAGACAUGCAAAAAAGCAAUGGAAAAGAACAUAAUUUUAUAAUAGGAUAUUGAGACUGCUUGCUUUAGGGUAUCAUAUUGGAGGGAAGAUGGAAUCUGGUUUUUCCUAACCCUCAGUUUUUACAUGUUCCUUGUAAAGAAUUCCUCCUCCCCUCUGGAGGAGAUAGUCAGCUUCUCUGGCAGGAAUUAAAUCACAGUCCUCAUUAAAUCAUGUCAGCUGAGCACUGUGACAUUAAAACUGUGCUGGACCAGGAGCUCUGGACACUGCACAGCCCAACUUCAGCAUAGCCAGCAACUUAUCUCCAGAUCAUGCAGGACUUUGCCAUGGGGAUUUCACACUCAGCUGUGCUUUCCCUUCAAAGGAGAGGGAGAGAAGCAUCAAGGAUGUUUGCACCAGUUGUCCUUGUAAUACUCAUCAGAGGGAUGUUGAUCUGUCUUUGGGGCCUGUGGUCCUGGUGCUUUCAGCACAGUCAUUUAGGAGUUUGUAUGUUUAUAAAUAAAGUUUACCUGGCUCUGUGUUUUGCCUGAGUGUAGCUUUGGACGUUCUCUACCACAGCAAGCUGCCAGUUUGGUUUUGUGAGCCCUGGUCAUCUCCAGGAGAUGACAAGAAAUCCAUGGGAGCACACCACAGUUCCCUGUCUUCUGCAAGCGCUGCCUGCUCCUGCAAACCUGCUGCUGCAGUGGUGAGUGAGGCACAGCAAGUUCCUCCCAAGGAGAACUGGUCAUCCCUGUCCCACACCAGAGCAUCCACAGAACAGGGCAGGGGUGACUGUUGUGAGGAGAGGUGAAGGAACUGAGGGAAGGAGGUUCCUUGGUGCAAGUGAGAAGAUGGUGCAAAGGAAGAAAAGGGAGAGCUCCUGUGUCCCAGCUGGGAUGGACAGCAGGAGGCACAUGCCAGGGGAAGUGCUGGAGGACAGAAGGAAGACUUGUCUGAGUUCUUGUCUGAGCUGAUACUGAGCUCCUGCCUUCUGCCAGAGAACCUGUCCUGCAGAUUGUCAGAUCCUGCUCUGCUCCAAGGGUUAGCCACUCUUCCAGUCUCCACAUCGUGGGGUAACACUGCAUGGUGGUCACAGUUGUUUUCUACAUACUGAACUGUCCUGCUGAUAAGAAUCAGUAAUGCAGGUGGAUCUUCUCUUAAGGGUGGUUUUUAGAUUUUUUUUUUUAGUACCGUCCAUAGAAAGUGGCACUAGGGCUGACUUGCUGCUGCUUUGCAGAUUGUAACAUGGUGGAGUUGCAUGUGUAAAAGAAAAAUGCUUUCUUUGCUUUUGGCAUGA